AUCAUCUCUUUUCACCACACCAACAUGAUCCCCCUCGAAUUUUACAAGUACUUUGAAAGGAUACCUCCACAAAUGAAUUUAUUAUUAUUAUUAUUUACAUAGCAUCAGAAGAACGUGAAAGUGGUUUACAAAAUGAGAAAGAUAGAACAAGUCUAUACUACAGACUUAUAUCAGUAUAACUAUGUCACUCAGGGGUCUGAAAAAUCCACACCCCUGAGCGACAUAGGUAUACCGACCUAACCCCCGGGGUAGACAGCACUGUGUCGGCCAGAGAGCUUCUCCCGUUGACAUAGCUACUGUCUCUUGCAGAGGUGGAUUAACUAUGCUGAUGGGAGAAGCUCUGCCCUCAGCAUUGGAGUGUCUUCACUUAAGCUCUUCAGUGAUGCAGCAGCAUUGGUGCAGCUGUGCCAGUGCCGCGUUUUAAAUGUAGACCUGCCCAUAGUGCCAAACAUCUUAAACUUAAACAUAACAUUACAAGAGAUAACUGAUAAAGGGAAUGUGCAUAGGGGUUAUAGUGAAGAAAAACAGAUUGCUUAUUUAUCUGUACGCAUCUGGUAAAGACAAAGCUAAAUGAAUAGAUUGUUUAGCAAGUGGGGAACUGAACAGUGGUAGCAAGCAGCCAAGUUCUAUAGGAUAAUCUGGUGUUUGUUCAGUAGCUAGCACUCUUUCCUCUGAGGCAGUAUCUAAUACUAUGCUCGGGGAUGUCUACUGCAAGGUAUCUUGUGACCAUUAAAAAUUCCCUGGCACUUUUUGUGGCAGUAAGUGAUUUACCUCAACUUCUUGCACUUGAUUAUAUUAUUUUUUACCCCUUGCAUCAGACUUUUGGGUGGCUUUGUUCAGUCUUGUUAGACAGCUUCUGUAGUUCACCCAGAGGCGUAGCUGCACUGUAUAACAGGAAGCUCUCCUGGUAUACUUUAGUUAAGAUGAUGUGGUCCAAAUGGAGUAUAGCAGUUUAAAUCCCCAACUGUUCAACUGACUCCAUACAAACGUACCCCCUUUGAUGUCUGCCAGCACAGAAUCAAUUUUGUAAAGUACUGUAGAGUCCUUUGGAAUAAGAUAUUUGAUGUCUUAGCUUCAGCUGUAAUGUAAACAUUAUUUUUAUAUUAUCAUGUCUAAGGCUGCGAGUCUUUCACGGAAGUCACAGACUCUGUGAUUUUCUCAGAGCUCCAUGACUUCUGCAGCGACUGUUGCAGCUGACUCUAGGGCUGCCCAAGCAGCUGGGGUGUCCCUGGGGGACGGUCGCUGCUCCGGCAGCACCAGGCAGCUGGUCCUGGAACAGCAGCGGCGAAGCCCCGAGCUGCCCCCCCCAACAGCAUUGGUGGGGCCCUUGCCUCCCCCCGCCUGCAGCAGCUUCUCCCAGAUCCUCCCUCCCCUAGAGUUAGGCUGACCAGAUGUCCCAUUUCUUCUUUGAGAUGUCCCUGUGGGUGCUCCACUCCAGGUGUUGGUGUUUGCUCAGAGAUUUUGACAGCAGUACUUGUACCAGUCACGCACACGUAGAGCCUGCCCCACACGCUGAGUGUGCCUUAAUGAUACACAGGUGCAACCGGUCUCCUCAGUUCCUUCUCUGCCAUUCCCAGCCUGAGACGGAGCUCAGCAGAUUCGUUAGAGACUUUUCUUUCCCUUUGUUCAAAUACCUUCCUUGUUAGUUAGUUUUCCCAGUAGUAAUUAGAUACCAUUUCUCCUAUCUAUUUCUCUCUUUAAAAAGAAAAAACAAAAAAACAACUUUCUUGUUCCUGUCAGCAGCAGCUGCUUCCGACAUGCCUGGCUCCCCAGCCUUUAAGUGCUGCUCUACCUGCAAUGAUGCCAUCCUCUCUCAGAUGGCCAUUCAAAAUGUAUAAACUGUUUGGGGGAGUCCCACAUCCCCCAAAAAUAUGCCUACUGCAGCAUGCUAAAAUCCAGGGCACAUAAGGACAGCGAGCUGAGACUAAAACUGCUCCUCCUCCAGAAGUCCUUAGGAUCAGCUUCAGACCCGGGCACCGACUCUGCUACAUGCCACAGUCCUGCUCCCCUCCCGCCUCAAAGAAAGAAAAGGAAACCUCAAAAAAAAAAUGGCACCGCCUUUCACCUGCAAAGGGUACUUCGUAGGAGAAGACUUCCCUGGGCAGGUCUUCAACCUUCCCCAGCUGAGCGCUUUGACGCGCUGGGCUCCUCUGGCGCUGUGCGAAACCCGCCUGUGGCUGUGGUGGGAGCACAAAGCUCCAGUGCCGAGGCUUCCAAUUGACAGCUUCUCUCUCAGCAUGGUUCGGCACCGCUACGGAAGUGGUACCGACACAUGUUGACAUGCCAGUCUCGCUCUCCCAGCACCGUCAUCCUCUGAACUGGCCGGCAGUGAAACAAGGCUCAGGACACCCGUGCAGAGGAACCUUUCUUCACGACAGAUUCCUCUUGCACAGCCCUAACCUUACAGAGGGGCUGUGACACCACAAUUCACACAGUCAAGGGACCUGCUGGUGUCCCCUAUCCUGCAGUCCACCCCUACUUAAUGCCUACUUUUCUCCAAAUGCUCAGUCAGGGUCCAGACAGCCUUCCUCCAGUGAUGAGGAAUCUGGAUUGCAGGGAGAAUUUUCACCCUAUCAAAUCUCCCAUCUCCAGACCCCAAUCAAUAGAGGUCAUUGAAAAGUUACCUUGUCCUACUCUCAGGAUCCUGCCCCGUGGUGUGUAAACCUCUGGAUGGCACCACCCAGACCCUUCCCACCAUAGUGGCAAUAUUAGGCUCCAUGGGCACCUAAUCCUCGAGACCACACUCGUUAUGCCACGACAGCCAGGUGUGACGCCUGCCCACUACCGCCAGUUAACAAACCUGCCACUGACUUAAGACACCAGGCAGCACCAUCACAACUGCAGGAUCAAUCACGACCUGCCUCCAACCCAGUAGACCCAGUGGUUACGCCUGAUGUAGCAUUACUUCCUCCUCCCUGACAUCUUCCGAUGACUUCUCAAACUUUCAAGAUCUUUUUAAAAGAGUUGACAAUGAGUUAAGAAUUAACCUGGAGGAGGUUCCUGAACAGCAGCAUGAGCUAACUGACAUCCUGCAGUCCUCUUCUUCUAGGAUUGCAUUACCAAUCAAUGCAGCCCUUUUGGAACUUGCUAAGGCCGUCUGGCAAACUCCUGCUGCAAGCCUACCUACCUGUAAGUGAGCGGAUCGGAAGUACUUCAUCUUUUCCAAGGCCUCUGAAUUCCUUUUCAUUCACCCAGUGCCAAACGCUCUGGUAGUAGACGCUGUCAACCAAAAGAGCAAACAUCAGCUUCUCUGCUCCACCCCAUCCGACAAGGAAAGUAAGCGAUUAGAUCGGCUCAGACGUAAGGUAUACACAUCCUCCAUGUUACAAUUUCACAUUGCUAGUUAUACAGCUGUUCUGGUAAAAUAUGACCACAAAAAUUACAAUAAAUUCAUGGACUUUAUUGACGACAUUUCGGAAGAAAAGAAACAAUUUACAGCCCUAGUUUCUGAGGGACAAAUCAACUCCUGUACUGCUCUUCAAGUGGCCCUUGAUGCAGCCAAUACUGCAGCAAGACCCACUGCUACAGCAGUGGUGAUGCGCUUAGGUUCAAGGCUCUCCUCCUCUUCCUUUCCUCGAAAGGUCCACAGUACCAUUGAAGAUCUUCCCUUCAGUGGCGACAAACUCUUUGCCUCCAUGACGAAUGAUGUACUUCAUUCAAUGAAGGAGUCAAGGGCAACUCUCCGGUUCCUAGGAAUUCAAACCCCUUUGACCAGAAGACGGCAAUAUAGAUCUCAACCUUACCAGCAUCCAUGCUACUACCCCACACACACCCAGCAAUUCCAUGGAUCACAUGAGAAACAACAGCAGCAACACCAGACACCCAGAUACCAGCUCUGCCGUCCCAACUCCUCAGCGGCAUCUCAUGGCUGAACAUUACCACCACCAAGUGGGUAUACAUGUCGUCACAAUUGACUAUUCCAUCCCUUUCUUAUCCUUGCUUCCUAUCCACUCACCCUCCCCGUCCCUCUUCAGAGACCCCUCUCAAGAGCAAUUGCUCCUCCAAGAAGUACAUCUCCUUCAACUGGGAGCAGUGGAAGUUAUGCCCGAACAAUACAGAGGAAAGGGUUUCUAUUCCCAUUAUUUCUUAACAGAAAAGAAAACCGGGGGAUGGUGACCAAUUCUCGACCUCAGGUGUGUCAAUAAAUGUAUCAAAAAGCGAAAGUUCAAAAUAGUUACCCUCACCACAAUAAUCCCAGCGCUGGAGCAGGGUGAUUGGUUUUCAGCCCUCGACCUACAGGACACCUAUUUUCAUGUGACUAUACAUCCGGGCCACAGAUGUUUCCUUCAUUUUACCUUCGGCUUGACACAUUUUCAAUGCAGGGUGCUACCCUUAGGCCUGUCCACUGCCCCCCAUGUUUUUUCCAAGCUCCUAGCUAUAGUAACUGCCUACCUCAGGAAACAAGGGGUCUUAAUAUUUCCUUCCUUUGACGAUUGUCUCCUCAAAGCCUCAACACAUGACGAAGCUCUUCAGUUCACACAGCUCACUGUUACUUGCUUCCUGUCCCUUGACCUACAAAUAAACAAAAACAAAUCCACCUUAUCUCCUACCCAACACCUGGAGUUCAUAGGCGCACACCUCAAUUCCUAGACGGGAGUAGCAUCUCUCCCGCCUGACCAUUUCAACACCAUAAAACUCCUGACCACGAAACUUCGCAACAAUCCUCAGGUCACUGCUCGAGACUGUCUAACUCUUAGGUCACAUGGUCUUGUGCACUUUUGUGGUCAAAAGUGCACAAUUAUAUGAGGUGCUUCCAAGCUUGGUUGGCCACGGUUUACAAACUGAACGUACAUGCUCUAAACAAGCCUCUAUCCAUACCUUUCAGAGUCAAAGAUUCUCCUAUGGUAGACAGUUCCCUCCAACUUCUGCUAAGGAGUCCCCUUUCUCCAGGAUGCUCCAUCCCUCAUAAUGACUACCGAUGCAUCCCUCACAGGGUUGGGUGCACACAUGUCCCACCACACAGCCCGUGGGCUAUAGUCUUCAACCAAAACCUCCCUACACAUAAACGUCCUAGAGCUUCAAGCCAUAUGCAACGCUUGCCAUCACUUCCUCCCAUUGAUUCGGAACCAACAUGUUUGAAUAAUGACAGACAACACCGCUUGCAUGUUCUAUGUAAACAGGCAGGGAGGAGCUUGCUCUCACUCGCUUUGCGCAGAAGCUGUGAAGCUCUGGAAUUGAUGCCUUGCGAACAACAUCCAGAUAUCAGCCACCUAUCUUCCCGGAGCCAUGAAUACCACCAUGGACGAAUUAAGCAUAUGCUUUCCCUGGGAUCACGAAUGGGAGAUAAACGAGACGAUCAUCCGCAACAUAUUCUGCAUUUGGGGCUACCAACCCUAGACCUCUUCGCAACUGCGAAGAACAAGAAAUGUCUCAAAUUUUUCUCCAGACCGGGACUGGGGAAACAUUCCCUAGGAGAUGCGUUCAUGAUCUCAUGGGAUCAGAACUUACUGUAUGCAUUUCCCCCAAUACCGGUUCUCCACAGAGUUCUGACAAAUAUACGGACAGAUUGUGCUAUGGUAAUUCUGAUUGCCCUGUCAUGGCCCAGACAACCAUGGUUUCUGUUCCUCACCAGAAUGUCAACUUGCCCACUGAUUUCAUUGCACCUCACUCCGAACCUCCUAUUGCAGCAACCCGACCAAUUAUCUUCACCCAAACCUGCCCAUGCUUCACCUCAAAGCUUGGUUCCUACAUGGUUCUUCCAAAAUGAACUUGCAUGCUCUGAGCAGGUUCAAAGAGUGUGCCUACAUAUCAGAACGCAAUCUACUUGCACCACCUAUCCUCAAAAGUGGAAGCGACUCUCACAGUGGUGCUCAACCAAACAAAUUCCUCCUACUUAUGCACCUCUUCUAUUCAUACUUGACUACCUAUUAGUUCUUAAGCAAUCUGGCCUCUCUUUCAGAUUCUUCAAAGUCCACUUAGCUGCUAUUACAACUUUGCAUGACAAGAUCAACAAUACCUCUGUUUUUGCUCAUUCAAUCACCAAGUGUUUUCUCAAACGGCUCCUUUUAAUCCCUAUACCCAGACAUUAAACCUCCUACCUCUACAUAGGACCGUCAUUUAGUAUUAUCCUGCUUAGCUCAACAAUCAUUCGAGCCCCUAACCACUUGCUCCCUCUUACACUUCUCUAUGAAAACAGCAUUCUUUGUGCAGGAGAAAUAGCCGCUCUCAUGGCGGACCCACCAUCUACACUAUUUUUUAAGGACAAGGUUACCCUCCGACUACACCCCAAAUUUCUUCCAAAGGUGCAUUCGUCAUUCCACAUCAGUGAACCGCUACAUCUACCAACCUUCUUCCUAAACCAUAUGCAAACUCUUUUGAAUCCACAGUGCAUAUGUUAGAUGUCCGCAGGCCUUUGUCCUUCUAUUUGGAUAGAACCAGGCCCUUUAGGAACUCUUCCAGACUCUCUGUCUCUGUUGCAGAGCAAUCGAAAGGCACACCUGUUUCUACCCAGAGACUUUCCAGCUGGAUCUCUGAGUGUAUCUGACUGUGCUAGCAGAUAAAGGUGGUUACUUUUCCAGCCGGCAUCAGAACUCGCUGCACUACAUCCGUAACUACCUCCAUGGCUUUUCAACUCAAAGUUCCUCUGGCUGACAUCUGUAAAGCGGCCACUUGGACUUCUGAACACACAUUCGUUAAGCAUUAAGCCCUUACUCAAGGCCCUCUCUCUGAUACACAAUUGGGCAGAGCUGUACUAUCUACUGUGUUCCUACCAGAUCCGAAGUCCCUACCUCCUUGAGAUACACUGCUUUUAAGUCACCUGGAGUGGAGCCACCCACAAGGACAUCUCUCGAAGAGGAGGAGGAGGUUACUCAUCUGUGCAGUAACUGACAUUCUUCAAGAUGAGUGUCCCUCUACUACUCACCCUCCUCCCCUCUGCUUCGGAGUUGGGGUAGCCUCCAUUGUAGAGAAGGGACUGAGGAGACUGGUUGCACACGUGUACUAUUAAGACACACUCAAUGCGUGGGGCAGGCUCUGCGUGUGCGCGACUGAUACGAGUACUGCUGUCAAAAUCUCCGAGCGAAGGUGCAGGGAUGCACCAACACCUCAAGUGGAGCACCCACAGGGACACUCAUCUUGAAGAACCUCGAUUACUGGAUUACUGCACAGGUGAGUAAUCUCUUUUAAAGGGAUAGUCCUAGUUUUUGGGACUUUUUCUUAUAUAGGUGCCUAUUACCCCCCACCCCCAUCCCGUUUUUUCAC